AAACAUGGCAGCCCCCACAAGCACGUUGAAUUGUUUACCAGUCAGUUAAAAGUACAAUGAAUGUAAGGAAUAAACAGUUGUUGACUUGGUGUGUACUGACAAGGAUCAGACAUACGCACCGUUUUCGACAUGGUUACAGCAACCGCAAGGCACUUGUGAACACCACCACAGAAGAAAAUCAAUAUGAACGGUUGGCAUAUUGUGUUACACCAUACUACAGGAAACCCUAUGACACUCAACUCAAGAUAAAGGAAUCAAAUUUGAAAAAAUCUCUACAGAAAGUUAUCAAUAUUGUUCGUCAUACUCGAAAAGGACAGUACUCCCCAGCAGUUAAAAAAAUGGAUGAAGAAAAUGAUGGACAAAUGUGUGCUCUAGUUGGAGUUAAACCAGCGCCAGAAAUCUAUGGCUACCGUAACAAGGAUGAGAUGAGUAUUGGGCCAGAUGUGACCGGUGACAGGAGAGUUGUGGGCCUUUAUGUGGGCAAGGGAAGCAGUGGGAAGGUGGUGUGUGUCAGCCCCCAGCAUCUCGUCAUCAUGAAGAAAACACACGUUAAUAUCAUCAAUGCGUACCAGGACUUCCUUGACCAGUCGGCCUAUGUGAAAUACGGGAGGUCAGGCAUGAUAGGGUACUGGGACAGUGUGGUCAUCCGGUCAAGUCAGCAGCAAGACACCAUGGUGACAGUCAUGUUCAGGGCAAGACAGAAGUCAGCGGAUGAGUAUCAGGAGGCAAGAGAUGAACUCCGCCACUUCUUCCAACAAGGUCAAGGUCGUCAGCUGGGGGUCACAUCACUCUUCUUCAGACCAAGUUUCCAUAGUUACUGGAGCUACAGCACAGCACAUCACGUGAUGGGGUCACCGCACAUCUUUGAGGAGGUUCUGUCUCACAAGUUCCGCAUCUCCCCCGACUCCUUCUUCCAGACGAAUACGCCGGCCGCGGUGGUGCUGUACUCCACCGUAAGGGACUACGUGAAGCAAUCAGGCGCUGCCACUGUCAUCGAUGUCUGCUGUGGGACAGGAACUAUUGGUAUCCUCAUGGCAGACCUUGUGCAGGAUAUUGUGGGCGUUGAGAUGGUGAAACAGGCCAUUGAAGACGCAGUGUUUAAUGCGGAAAAUAAUGGUGUGAUGAAUGCUGAGUUUGUGUGCGGCAAGGCCCAUCGCUUCCUCCGGGAUGAGCUGCCACAGAGGAAGAUGUCGGGAUCAGCAGUGGCUGUUGUCAACCCGGGGAGAAACGGCAUCAACAAGAAAGUAGUGAAUGCCAUAAGACAGUGUAAAGAGAUCCGUCACCUCAUCUACGUCUCCUGUAAACCAUCUGGGAAUGUUCUCGUCAACUUUGCAGACCUGAUUGUGCCUAGGAGUGACAAGCUGGAAGGGGAGCCAUUUGUUCCAGUAGAGGCGGUUGGUGUUGAUAUGUUCCCGCACACGACGCACUGUGAACUGGUUGUCAUGUUUAGCAGGUGACCUGACGGGUACCCACCAAAGGGUUGUCAAAUAUUCAGCACAUGUCUUGAUGGGUGCCGGACCAGGGGCUUAUGUCCCUCGAACAGCAGAUAUCCCAAUGGGUACCCAGAAAAGGGUUAUGCCUCUGUUUCAGCUGAUAUACGGACUGGUACCCUGCAAGGAUGUUCGUCCCCUAUUCAGCAGUUCACCGAGGUCUUAAUCCUUUAAACUGUGAUAUCUUUUUUUGUGUUUUUACAUGUAUGUUUUUUCAAUAUUUGGUGUAGAAAAAAUAAUUACGCUUACACAGGACAACCAAAGCAGAUGUGCAAUGGGGGGUAGGGGGGGCUAGUGAUCAAACAACACUGUGGAAACACAACUUGAAAGCUGUGAAACAUCAAAGAUUGAAAACCAUACAUUGGUCUGAGUAAAAGUGUAGAUGUGGCAAA